AUGAGUUUACAGCCCCGUCCCCGUUCCCGUUCCCGUUCCCGUUCUUGUGCGCGGCGUCUGUCUCCUCCGGUUCUCUGUUCUCUCGUCCCUGCCCGUGUCGUCUACUUGAUCCCUUGUGCCUCACAGCCCACAUGGGCGUCACUGCAUUCACGUCUUCUCUGCUUGAGUUGUGUCACUUUUGCACUCCUUUGCCUUUUUGAUCGCGAACUCCCCAUCGAGCCUCAGCCUCGCGUCGCCUCCAAAACCUUCGUUUCACCUCGUCACGGAACUAGCCUCAGCACUCCCAACUGGACUCGAAUCCGGGUUGUGCUAGAGCUACACUGUAGCAUUGACUACUGGAUCGGAGCGCGGACAUGA